AUGGAACAGCUUGUCCAGCUUUUAACAUCGGCUAUGAACCCCGCGUUGCGCGCUGAGGCGGAGAGAUGCCUUGAGGCUGCAAAACAACAAAACGUUGAGCAGUUCAUUGUCAUGUUGUUACAAGUUCUAUUGGCGCAAAACUUAAACACUGAUGUCCGCAUGAUGGCGGGAAUUCUUUUCAAAAACAUGUUCAAAGGCCGUGGCAAAACAAACGAGGCAAUGGCCCAGAAGUGGCGUGAAAUCGAUGAUCAGACGCGGUUGAACACACACGGCGCAAUUUUCAAACUUCUUUUGGACCCGAACCCAGAGAUGCAAAACCUUGGAGCAAACAUCGUCUCGAACAUUGCAAUCAUCGACUUACCUUUAAACAAAUGGCCUGAUUUGAUGACUUUUUUGCUCUCUGACAUCACCAUGGCAAAGUUAAAGGCCGUGGUUGCAAUUUUGGAAGACUCGUCAUUUUCCGUUAUUUCUCCCUUUAUCAAUGCGAUCUUUAUGGCGUCUCUCAAUCUCGUCAAUCAAAAUCUCAACUUCGUUCCGUCCGUCAUCAAAGUUUUCGAAAAUUUAGUUUGCUUUAAGGACAUUAUGAAAGAUUUUAACUACCGUGGACAAAUUGAGAAAUUUCUUUUGACAGCAGUUCAACAUCAAAAUAAUCUCAUCAAAAUGAGUGGUUUCCAGGCUCUUGCCGUUUUUGAAGAACUUAAUAUUGAGUAUGUUUUCGAGAUCCAGCAUGAACUUGCAAUCAUUUCAAACGCGAUUUUGGCCACUCCAUCGAAUGGAAAUGACGAUAUCAUUGAGCUCCAAAAAACUGUGAUGACGUUUUGGCAGAAUGUCGCGGUGUUUGAGGACACUCAUUUUAAAACCGAAGUGGAUACCGGUGACGUAACAGUGAAAGUGUUCCCAGUGGUUCAGAGUUCAUUGAUCCAACUUGUCGGUAUGGUACAAUCACAGACCGAAGAAAUUGAUUCCAACGAACUCUGCUUUUUGGCGCAAGAUGCGCUUAAUGCGAUGGUUUCCGUUGUUGGAACAGCACCGUUGGAAGAUCUUUCGACUACCAUUUGUGGUGCGUAUAUGAAUCAAGACUGGAGACUUCGAUUCCAGGCGAUGAGUGUGUUUGCCAGUAUGUUGGUCAAAAUUGACGAGAAACAAAGCAUUGUGAAGGAACAUAUCAAACACAUAUUUAAUUUGUUGAAUGACCCGAUACCAAUUAAUAGAGCAACAGCUGUGUAUGCCAUCGCAAAGGCGCUGACACUCUAUCCGGACUUCUUUAAAGCUGAGGCGAAAGAUAUUGCCAAUAAGAUUGUGAGUAUGAUUGAAGACCAAUUCGAUGUGGUCAAGAUAGCAGCUAUUAGGUUUUUCAGUCGUCUUAACGACACGGAAACGUUCACAGAUCACGCGUUUGAGGAACAAUCGGUGAAGGCUUUAAUGGAAAUGUUCAUUGGUGGCGCACUGAAAAGCAACAACGCGUUUUUGGCGAAUCAAUUUUUGACAUCAGCUGCGAACGUUGUGAGGGGGUAUGAAUCGUAUUAUGUAGCUUGGAAUGUCCUUGGGUUGCUGUACAAGAAUUGUUUGAACACGAAUUUGUUCAAAAUGGAGCUGAUUGGAAGUACACUUGUUCUUAUUGAAAAUUGUGUGUUGACGUGUAACAAACUAUUCAUUCAAAACAAAGAAGUGUUAAAUGCGACGUUUGAAAUUGCGUUCAGAAGCGCAAACGCGUCGCCAGAGCAGGCAUUUAUGUUAUUGGGAAGUUUAUGUGGGCUCCUUUAUGGAGAAAUAGACAAUUAUUACCCCGUACUGAUGAAGAACGUCAAACAGUGGUUGGCGAAUUGUUCAAAUCCAAGUGUUUUUGUCUUUUUGAUGGACCUUGUCGACGACAUUGCGACGAAUUCAACACAAUACAACAACGAAGACUACGUGUUUAUCGUUGACCAAAUUAUGAAAGUUGUGAGAGGAGACGAGUACACCAUUGCUCAGAAGAUAGAGUUGGCAAGUGUAAUAGGGGAUUUACUUCGAAAGUGCGCUGCGGGUAUCAAUGUAUAUGUUCCACACAUAUUAAAACUCGCGUUUGAUCUCAUGUCGUCAGAGUGCGACGAAACACAAGAAUCAAUUAAAGCAAAGACGGAUUGUGAGUUCGCUGCUUUGUAUGUGUUGUCAACCAUUCUUCAAAGAUACAACACAUUCCCAGACCUGUUACAGCUCGAUAGUAUUAUAUACCAAUUUUUUGUGUUAUGUAUAUCUAGCAAGCAUUUUGGAACCCACCAGAGAAUGGUUGUGUUCGUGUCACAAGUGUUUAUUGACUUCUUCGCGUUGAGUACAAUAGUGAGUUCAAAGCUCAUCAAGUCCGAAAUUAUGAACAAAAACAUCGAAAAGCUUGUUCAACGUAUUGACUUCUUUACACCUUACGGAGACGAUAGAGACCAGUUUAAAAGACUCAAAGCGCUUAUACACAGCAAAUUCCCUGAAUUUGAAUAA